AUGGAACAACCGAUUGAGUAUGAGUGGCUUCCAACUAAAUGCUCUAAUUGUAAGAAGCUAGGGCACUCUUCAAGCUCUUGUAAGUUUGAAGCCGAAACUUUCUGGAGGAAGAAAGAAUCUAGGAGCAUACCAGAAUUUGUUCAGCAGAAGGUUGAGGAAGUUGUUACUUUGAAGCAGAGCAGUUCUGUAAUGAAUCAGAAAACUCCUCAAGUAGAUGCUCAAGUUGGUGCUAGGUUGAGUGAUAUUGAAUCUAGGAUAGUUUUGUGGAAUGGUCUGGCUCAAGUGCAUUUGCCUAUUCAGCCGUGGUUAGUUUUGGGGGAUUUUAAUGCAGUGUUUGACAUCAUGCAUCAUUUGGGUGGGAGGCCUAUAUCAGGGAAGGAAAUGCAGGAUGCUCAAAAUUGGUUGGCUCUCGGGUUGGUUGAAGAAAUGAAGGCUUGGGUGGAUAUGUUUCCGUUAGCUUCAGCUUCUUCCCAUUGGGAGGUGGUAUCUGAUCAUAGUACUUUGCUUAUCAAACAAGUUGAAGUCCAGAAUCUGGGGAUUCAGCCAUUUCGAUACUUUAAUAUGUGGUCUUCUCAUCCUCAAUUCAGAGAUAGUGUGUUAGGUAGCUGGACUAAGCCUAUCUGUUCUAGGGGUGAUUUUUUGAUGAGGCUGGCUAAGAAAUUUAUUAGGCUCAAACAUGUGCUAAAGAGAUUCAACUGGAGGAUUAUGGGGGAUGUUGGGUGUCAAUUUGAGCAAAGUAAAUCUUUGUUCCAGCAGGCUCAGAAUGCUUUGUUUGUUGAUCCUAGCAAUGCUUCUUUGGUCUCGGCAGAAAGAGAAGCUUAUUUGGAUUAUAGAAGACAAGAGAAAUUUUUUGAGAGUUUUCUUAGACAAAAGAGUAAGAUCACUUGGCUUCGAUUUGGGGAUGAAAAUAUGACUUAUUUUCAUGCCAGAUUGAAGAAAAGGAAGAUGUCCAAUCACAUAGUUUCUUAUAUAUCAGCUGAUGGGUCUGUUGUUGAUGAUUAUGAGAAGCAUUCAUCCAGUCCUGGUCCUGAUGGGUAUCGGGUUGGUUUUUUCAAAGUUAUGUGGAAAGAAAUAGGCAGGGAGGUUUCACUGGCUGUCCUUGAGUUUUUUGAGACGGGUCUAAUUCCCCAAAGCUUAAAUGAUACUCUUUCGGUGCUGAUUUCGAAGGUGGACCAGCCUUCUAAUGCUGCUGACUUUAGACCAAUAGCUUGCUGUACUACCAUCUAUAAAUGCAUUUCUAAGAUGCUUUGUAGUAGGCUUGCUUCAAUCCUUCCUUCUUUGAUUAACCCUAAUCAAGGUGCGUUUAUAAAGCAUAGAUCUCUUGCCUACAAUGUUCUAAUAUUUCAAGAUUUGAUAAAGGGGUACAAUAGGAAAAAUAGCUCUCCUAGGUGUGUUAUGAAGAUUGACCUUAGCAAGGCUUAUGAUUUAAUUGAUUGGGACUUCUUGGAGAAUUUACCAAAAGCUCUUUGCUUUCCUAGUAGAUUUAUUCGUUGGAUCAUGAUUUGCUUGAGAGGCACCUCCUAUUCGUUACUGUCAAAUUGUAGAAUCCAAGGGCAAUUUAAGGGAGGUAAAGGGCUUAGACAAGGAGAUCCUAUUUCUCCUUUACUCUUUGACAUUGUGAUGGAUUACCUUACUCAAAUGUUAAUCAAAGCAUCCAGCAAUAAAGGUUUCAGAUUUCAUCCUAUGUACAAAUCAGUCAAUCUUGUUAAUAUUUGCUUUGCGGAUGAUUUGCUUAUUUUUUGCAAGGCUAAUCCUCAAUCUGUGCAGAUUUUGCAUACAGCGCUUGCUGAGUUCAAAUUGACUUCAGGCAUGUCUAUCAACCAUCGUAAAUCUCGUAUUUACUUAGGUGGGUUUUCUGAUGUUGCUAAGGAGUCUGUUUUGAGCUGUACCAAUCUGUAG